UUUCUCAAAAACUUUACAUAUUCAUUUGAGAGAGAAUAAAAAAAUUAUAAACACACAAAAAAAAUUCAUCUUCCGCCGCCCACCGUUGCAUGGCCAAUAAAGUUUUUUGUCCGAAACUCCUUAAGAACCUCGGAUUUCAUGUCCGCCGUUUAAACUCAGCUCCGUCACCUCUUUCCGCCGUCCCACCGUUAAAUUUCACUGGCGAUUUUAACGCCGUACCAAAUUUGGUGGAACCCGCACCACAGAUUAACACAAACCACCACGACCAUCAUAAUACUAAUAACAUUAUCAAUUUCGAUGAUGUUAAGGAGCUAUUCUACGGCGUUCCGACCAAGAAACUGAUUCGAUCAUCGAUGACGUUACAAAUGGCUGCUAUUGAUCCCAUGGUUGAUUUGGGUAUGUGGAUAAUGAAUUCUAAACUUAUGGAAAUGCCUGUUUUUAGGGAGGUUAUGCUUGGAUUUGUUAAAAAUACAUUUUAUGAGCAUUUUUGUGCCGGGAAAGACUUAACGGAAGUUAGACGGACCGUUACCAAUCUAUCUGAUUCUGGGUUAAAAGCCAUGCUUGAUUAUGGGGUGGAACAUGCCACCGAUAAUGAAUCUUGUGAACAGAGUACGGCGGCCUUUAUUCAAACGAUUGAAUCAACCGAAUCACUUCCCGAAUCUUCAGCAAGCUUUGUGGUAGCAAAGAUAACUGCAAUUUGUACACCAAGGCUUCUAAAAAGAAUGAGUGAUUUGUUAAGAUGGGAACAGAAAGAUCCAUCAUUCAAUCUUCCGUGGAAGCAAGAGUCGCUUCCACUUUUCGCCGAAUCGAGCCCUAUUUAUCACACUUGGAGCAAACCAGAGCCUCUAACGGUAGAGGAAGAACGUGAUCUUCAAUUAGCUCAUGAAAGACUUAGGAAAAUUUGCGAGAAAUGUUUGGAACAUCAAGUUCCUUUACUAAUUGAUGCGGAAGACACAACAAUUCAACCUGCAAUUGAUUACUUUGCGUAUUCUGCAGCAAUUAAGUACCAUAAAGAUGAUCAGCCUUUGAUAUUCGGAACAAUUCAAGCUUACUUGAAGGACGCUAAGGAACGAAUGGUUAUCGCUAAAAAGGCUGCAGAGAAAAUGGGAGUUCCAAUGGGAUUUAAGCUUGUGAGGGGUGCUUACAUGUGUAGUGAAAAGGAAUUGGCUUCUACUUUAGGAUUCAAGUCUCCGAUUCACGAUAGCAUUGAGCAAACACACGCUUGCUUCAAUUCGUGUGCGGAGUUUAUGAUUGAAGAGAUUGCUAAUGGAUCUGGUGCAGUUGUUCUCGCCACUCAUAACAUUGAGUCAGGAAAACUUGCUGCAACCAAAGCUAUAGAUUUGGGAAUAAAAAAUGAGAGGCAAAAUCUCCAAUUUGCUCAGCUAUAUGGUAUGGCAGAUGGUCUUUCAUUUGGGCUGAGAAAUGCAGGAUUUCAAGUUAGCAAGUAUUUGCCAUUUGGUCCUGUAGAGCAGAUUAUGCAUUACCUUAUGAGGCGUGCUGAAGAAAACAGAGGCAUGUUGUCAACAUCGGCAUUCGAUAGGCAACUCAUGAGGAAGGAAUUGAGCAGGAGACUGGAAGUGGCAACUUCUUAAAUUAAUAUUGAGAAUGUGAAAUCUAUAUUAGUAAGUAAGAAUAAUAAACGAGGAAACAUCACCGACUAUUGUAAAUAAUUCAAUGAUGUGAGGGCAAAAAUUGAUGAUGAUGAUAAUGAAGAUCAAAGCAACCAUGGAUGGGUAAAAUGCAUGAGGAGGAAGUCAGUUUAUCUUCUUGUGUGUUAUGGAAAAUAAAAAAAUGUACAUAUUUAUUUUAGGUCCACUUGUUGUAUCUUUCUCCAUGUGCUAUUUUAGGUUCUAUUAUAUUACUAUAUAUAAUGUAGUAGCACCUUAAGUUGGUUAUAUUUGGUAUCGUGUUUUAGAAAUAGAAGUGGAAGAAGGUACUCCCUAGAGUGGAGCCAAAAUGUUGAAAUUACAAAGUGUGUAUCUGUUUCUCUCUCUCUCUCUAUCGAGACAUUAUGAAAUAAAUCAGAUUUACUGGAUUUGAUUAA